ACUAUCGAAAAAUUUAGAGGCUGCUAUAUUGGGCCCACCACCAAGUUCAAAGGCUUCAAUCAUAGUUGAUGCAAUCCAACGGCUUAUGAAACGUGGGCCAUCAUGCUCUUAAGGCGUGCUGCUUGAAUGUUAUUGCGGUUGUUAUCAACUCCUCGUUUUUAGAUGAGACUUCAGAACCAGAAGUGGGAAGCAGAAAUCAAGCUCCAUAGUUUUGGUACCAUCAAGAUCAAGAACAGUUUGGAACGUUGUUCAGAAUUUGCUUCAGAUAAGUUAUGACUUUUGUGGAUGAAACAAGCAAUUCUUGAUCUGGGUUUUUGGUGGGAGGAGGAAGAAGAGAAUGUUAUCGGUUAUUUAUUAGAACUAACCAAGUAGAAUCCUUUUUAUUAUAAAUUCAAUGGAGUCACCAACAGGUCAGCCUCAGCUGCCAAGUGUUCCCGCACACACGAAGAAGAUGACCAAACAGUUAACAGGAAAACGGGGAGACACGCCUUUGCAUUCUGCAGCAAGAGCAGGGAAUCUUGCUGUGGUGAGAGAAAUCCUUACUGGCACUGAGGAGAAGGAACUGAAGGAACUGUUAGCUAAACAGAACCAGUCUGGGGAGACAGCCCUUUAUGUUGCAGCUGAAUAUGGUUAUGUUGAUUUGGUUAGGGAGAUGAUAAACUACUAUGAUCUUGCUGAUGCUGAGAUAAAAGCCAGAAAUGGCUUUGAUGCAUUUCACAUUGCUGCUAAACAAGGGGAUUUAGAGGUAUUGCAAGUGCUACUGGAGGUCCAGCCGGAAUUGGCUAUGACUGUUGAUCUAUCAAACACUACAGCUUUGCAUACUGCUGCAACACAAGGGCACAUGGAGGUCGUCAAGUUUCUUCUUGAGGCUGGCAGCAACCUGGCUACAAUAGCUAGGAGUAAUGGGAAAACAGCUCUGCAUUCUGCAGCAAGAAAUGGGCAUGUGGAGGUUGUGAGGGCAAUCUUAACUAGGGAACCUGGAAUUGCACGUAGAACUGAUAAGAAGGGGCAGACAGCAGUUCACAUGGCAGCAAAGGGGCAGAAUCUUGAGGUAGUGAAGGAGUUGAUUAGGUUCGAUCCUUCAUCAAUAAACAUGGUUGACAACAAGGGAAACACAGCCUUGCAUAUAGCAACUCGGAAGGGCAGAGCUCAGAUUGUUAACUUGCUACUGGCAAACAAUGAAACCGACACACUAGUUGUUAACAGGACUGGAGAAACUGCUCUUGACACUGCAGAGAAAAUGGGACAUCCUGAAAUUGGGACCAUCUUGCAGCAGCAUGGGGUUCAAAGUGCUAAAACCAUCAAGCCUCAAACACCAAAUCCAGCUCGUGAGUUAAAACAAACUGUGAGUGACAUAAAGCAUGAAGUGCACUAUCAGCUAGAACAUACCCGACAAACUAGAAAGCAAGUGAAAGGCAUUGCCCAUAGACUCCACAAAAUGCAUGCUGAAGGUCUUAACAAUGCUAUCAACUCAACUACUGUUGUUGCUGUUCUAAUUGCCACAGUUGCAUUUGCUGCCAUUUUCACAGUCCCUGGACAAUAUGUUGAUGACCCUGAUAAAAUUCCUCCUGGGUUCUCUCGUGGGGAAGCAAAUAUAGCUCCUAAACUUCCAUUUAUAAUCUUCUUUAUCUUUGAUUCCAUAUCACUCUUCAUCUCUCUGGCUGUUGUGGUGGUUCAAACCUCAGUUGUAGUCAUUGAGAGCAAGGCAAAGAAGCAGAUGAUGGCAAUCAUCAACAAACUGAUGUGGUUGGCUUGUGCACUCAUUUCUGUGGCAUUUUUGGCUCUGUCAUUUGUUGUGGUUGGCGAGAAGGAAAUGUGGCUUGCAAUUGGAGUAACAAUCAUUGGAACAAGUAUAAUGGUUCCCACAGUGGGCACCAUGUGUUAUUGGGUGAUCAAGCACCGGAUUGAAGCCUCAAAUAUGAGAAGCAUAAGAAGAUCCUCUCAGAACAGCAGAUCGCUCUCCUGGUCACGGUCAGUGAUAUCAGAUUCUGAGAUCCUAAACAAUGAGUACAAGAUGUAUGCAAUUUAAGAUUUCUCCAUGACAAAUCCUCAUCUGUUUAGCACAUGGCACAAUAGAAGUCUGUAACCCUGGAGAAGCAAACUUCAAAAAUGUAUAUUUCAAGUUGACCUUAGUUUACUCUUAGAAAGAUUUUGUUUACCAAAAAAGUGCCUAGUUCAUG